AAGUGACGUACGUACCUCUUUAAUCCCAUUAAAUUAAUGAAGCAGGAGACUCACUCGUCCACUGAUUUUUUUGAUUGCCCCCUAGUUUUUUCUUGUUUGGUGAAGUAACGUGAAAAGGAAAACAGUCACACGGAACAAGUUUGACUUGAGGAUGCUGACGGGCCGGAGCUUGUGGAUCAUCUUGCGGCGUCACCUACCUCCAUACACCACCUACUGUACUGCCGCUAAACCUCAGCAGAUAGCAAAGACUAAGUUUGGUCCUCUGAGCGAUGAAGAUCGAAUCUUCACUAACUUGUACGGCCGACAUGACUGGAGGCUUAAGGGGGCCCUGGAGCGAGGGGACUGGUACAAGACCAAGGAGAUCCUCUUGAAGGGACCCGACUGGAUCAUCAACGAGGUGAAGACGUCCGGCCUGAGGGGGCGAGGAGGGGCGGGCUUCCCCAGUGGCAUGAAGUGGAGCUUCAUGAACAAACCGAGUGAUGGCAGGCCUAAGUACUUGGUGGUGAACGCUGACGAGGGUGAGCCGGGCACGUGCAAAGACCGUGAGAUCAUGCGUCACGACCCUCACAAGUUGCUGGAGGGUUGCCUGCUGGCCGGAAGAGCCAUGAGCGCCCGUGCUGCGUACAUCUACAUCAGAGGAGAGUUCUACAAUGAGUCGUCUAACGUGCAGAUGGCCAUCAGUGAGGCCUACCAAGCGGGGCUGAUCGGGAAGAACGCGUGUGGUUCAGGGUAUGACUUCGACGUCUUUGUGAUGCGGGGGGCCGGCGCUUACAUAUGCGGAGAAGAGACGGCCCUCAUCGAGUCACUGGAAGGCAAACAAGGAAAGCCGAGACUCAAGCCUCCCUUUCCUGCCGACAUAGGAGUGUUUGGGUGCCCAACGACUGUUUCCAACGUAGAGACAGUUGCCGUGGCACCUGCCAUCUGCCGUAGGGGCGGAGCGUGGUUCGCCAGCUUCGGAAGGGAGAGGAACUCUGGAACCAAACUGUUCAAUAUCUCGGGUCACGUGAACACACCAUGCACGGUGGAGGAGGAGAUGUCCAUUCCACUGAGAGAGCUGAUAGAGCGGCACGCUGGAGGAGUAAGGGGUGGCUGGGACAAUCUCUUAGGGGUGAUCCCCGGGGGGUCCUCCACUCCCAUCAUCCCUCGGCGCGUGUGCGAUGAAGUCUUGAUGGAUUUUGACGACCUGGUACGCGCAGAAAGCGCCCUGGGCACGGCCGCCAUCAUCGUCAUGGAUAAGUCGACUGACGUGAUUCGAGCCAUCGCACGAUUGAUCGAGUUCUACAAGCACGAGAGCUGCGGUCAAUGCACGCCUUGCCGAGAGGGGGUAGACUGGAUGAACGCAAUGAUGUGGAGAUUUGCGAAAGGAGAGGCGGCGGUUUCCGAGAUCGACAUGAUCUGGGAGCUGAGCAAGCAGAUAGAAGGACACACCAUCUGCGCCCUCGGGGACGGAGCGGCUUGGCCCGUGCAGGGACUGAUACGCCAUUUCCGACCAGAAAUGGAGGCUCGCAUUGCUCAGUACAACAAGGAAAAUACUCCAAGGCAGACAGACAUCGAGAUGAUCUGAUGGCACCCAUGGAUUCACACGAUCAGUCUCUGUUCUAGUGAAUUUGGGGGGGUUAUUUAUUCAGAUUUUGAUGUAGCAAAAAAAAACUAAAGACAUAUUGCAAUUUAUGACAUUUUAUUUCCAAAAAACAACAGUUAAAUAAUUUCACUUU